AGCAAUAAAAUGUCGAUUCCUUUAUUCGGAACAGUUGCUCCCUUUUCCCCAUGGCCCAUAAAUGACUGAUCCACCUAAACUGGAGAAGGUUUCUGCCUCCUGUAAAGUUUGAUCCUGGAGGCGGAUAUUUUUUAAUCCGGCAAGUGUCAGAUAAUUGGAAGGGUGGAGUCACACUGUAAACCCUGACACACCUUUGUCAGGACUUGUUUGGAAGCAAAGAACUGAAAGAAACAAGGGCAAGAGAAGAAGUGAACAUUUUUGAAAGAUCACUCAGCUCUAACACACCUUGGCUGGGUCUGGAUAAAAAAAAGUGGGAACAGCAAACGUCUAGAAGAAAACGUCAGGGGAAGAAGGAGAGAGGGGGCAUUUACUCAAAGUUGUUUCUGAUUCCUUCAACACCUCAAACUAGGUGGCGAUGGUAUGGAUGUAACCAAGAAGAACAAACGAGAUGGCACUGAAGUCACUGAAAGAAUUAUCACGGAAAUGAUAACUACAAGACUUACGUCCUUACCACCAAAAGGGGGCACCAGCAACGGCUAUGCUAAAACAGGCUCUCUUGGUGGAGGGAGCCGGCAGGAGAAACAGAGCCUGAUGCAUGGCAGCAGCGGCUACAUAAACUCAAGUGGGAGCACACGAGGCAAUGCCUCUACCUCCAGUUACAGGAGGGCCCCUGGUGAGUUGGCCUCCACUCUGCCCAACUCACCAGGCUCGACCUUUGAGAGAAAAACUCAUGUCACCCGCCAUGGAACAUACGAAGGGAGCUCCAGCGGCAACUCUUCCCCUGAGUACCCUCGAAAGGAAUUCGCGUCUUCUUCAACCAGAGGACGGAGCCAAACACGAGAGAGCGAGAUCCGAGUUCGACUGCAGAGUGCCUCCCCGUCUACCCGAUGGACGGAAUUGGAUGACGUCAAGCGUUUGCUCAAGGGAAGCCGAUCAGCAAGCGUGAGCCCCACACGGAAUUCCUCUAACACACUCCCCAUCCCCAAGAAAGGCACCGUGGAGACCAAAGUGGUGACAGCGAGCUCCCAGUCAGUGUCCGGCACCUAUGAUACAACCAUCCUGGACGCCAACCUUCCCUCCCACAUGUGGUCCUCCACACUGCCGGCAGGGUCCUCCAUGGGCACCUAUCACAACAACGUCACAGCCCAGAGCUCAUCCCUCCUCAACACCAACGCCUAUUCUGCAGGAUCAGUCUUUGGAGUUCCAAAUAACAUGGCCUCCUGCUCCCCAACUCUGCAGCCUGGAACCAGCACCAGCUCCUCAGUGUUUGGCAUGCAGAACAAUCUGGCCCCCAGUUCACCCGCCCUGUCCCAUGGCAUGGCCACCACCUCCACAGCGUAUGGUGUGAAGAAAAACAUGCCCCAGAGCCCUGCCGUUGUGAGCACUGGGGUGUCCACCUCCACGGCCAGCACCACAAGUGUCCAGAACGAUGACCUCUUGCACAAGGACUGUAAAUUCCUGAUCCUGGAGAAAGACAACACACCUGCCAAGAAGGAGAUGGAGCUGCUGAUCAUGACCAAGGACAGCGGGAAGGUCUUCACCGCCUCCCCCGCCAGUGUCACUGCAACUUCUUUUUCAGAGGACACCCUAAAAAAGGAAAAGCAAGCUGCAUACACCACUGACACCUACCUAAUGUCAGAAGCUAAUGGAGACGUGAAGACCGUGUCCGCAAAGGGCAAGGCUGCCUCUGCAGACUUCUACGGCUACAACCGCCACCGUGGGGGCGGCAGUAGCAGCGGCAGGGGCGCUGGCAGCGGGGUCUCCGGUGGAGGCGGCAAGGGCGCGUGGGGGGCGGCGCCAGCCUGGUGCCCCUGCGGCUCCUGCUGCAGCUGGUGGAAGUGGCUGCUGGGGCUGCUCCUCACCUGGCUGCUGCUCCUCGGGCUGCUCUUUGGCCUCAUCGCUCUGGCCGAGGAGGUGAGGAACCUGAAAGCACGUGUAGAUGAGCUGGAGAAGGUCAGGGGCAGCGUGCUGCUUUACAACGAGAAGAUGGAGAGGAGCAGCCAGGACUCUGUGCCAGGGGUUGCACCGAGGCUGGAGGAAGGUGUCGGGAAAUCUGGGCUUGAUGGCUACAGUCAAGAAGACCUCUGGCAAUUCAUGAGGGGCAAGCUGAUGGCAGAACAGGAAAACGGAAAUCUCCGAGGAAGCCCUGGCCCUAAAGGUGACAUGGGAAGUCAAGGCCCUAAAGGAGAUCGAGGGUUCCCUGGGACUCCAGGUAUCCCUGGGCCCUUGGGCCACCAAGGUCCAGAGGGACCAAAGGGACAAAAAGGCAGCGUGGGAGAGCCUGGCAUGGAGGGACCCAUGGGCCAGAGAGGGCGAGAAGGCCCCAUGGGACCUCGCGGUGAACCAGGGCCUCCUGGGUUUGGAGAGAAAGGAGACAGAGGGGAUGCUGGUCAACCGGGCAUUCAAGGCCCACCUGGUGUCCCAGGUUCUGUGGGUCCCAAAGGUUCUAGCGGUUUUCCUGGCCCACAGGGUCCCCCAGGCUCUGUAGGUCGCCAAGGGCUCCGAGGUGAAGUGGGACUCCCUGGCAUCAAAGGUGACAAAGGACCUAUGGGACCACCAGGACCCAAAGGUGACCAGGGUGAGAAAGGACCCCGAGGCCUCACAGGCGAGCCUGGCUUGAAAGGUUUACCUGGUGCUGUGGGCGAGCCCGGGCCUAAAGGAGCAAUGGGACAAGCUGGCCCCGACGGACACCAAGGCCCAAGAGGGGAACAAGGUCUUCCAGGGAUGCCCGGAACCCGGGGCUUACCAGGACCUUCUGGAGACCCAGGAAAGCCAGGUCUCACAGGACCCCAAGGACCUCAGGGACUUCCUGGUACCCCCGGCCGACCAGGGGCUAAAGGUGAACCGGGAGCUCCAGGCAGGAUCGUGACUUCAGAGGGAUCAUCGACUCUCACUGUCCCAGGUCCCCCGGGACCUCCUGGAGCCAUGGGACCUCCAGGACCUCCAGGUGCCUCAGGCCCCGUUGGCCCAGCUGGUCUCCCAGGACAGCAAGGCCCGCGAGGGGAGCCAGGACUUCCUGGUGAAUCGUUCAUGGGCAGCAGCAGCUCCAUCUCUGAGGUCCUCUCCGCCCAGGGUCUUGAUUUACGAGGUCCCCCAGGCCCACCUGGACCACCUGGGCCACCAGGACCAUCCAUUCCAGGACCCCCAGGACCCCGAGGCCCAGCAGGGGAAGGCUUGCCAGGCCCACCAGGCCCACCAGGAUCUCUCCUGACCAGCUCAGAGACCUUCUUCUCCGGCCCUCCAGGCCCACCUGGCCCCCCAGGCCCCAAGGGAGAGCAAGGUGCCCCAGGCCCCCGAGGACACCAAGGCGAGCGAGGCCUCCCAGGGUUCUCAGCCUCAGGCUCCAGUUCUCUCGGACUCAACCUACAAGGACCGCCAGGCCCACCCGGCCCUCAGGGACCCAAGGGUGACAGAGGUGAUCCCGGAGUCCCAGGGUCUCCCGGCAUUCCCAGUGGGCCCUCUCGAGGGGGAUCAUCAUCGAGCACCAUGUUCAUGCAGGGCCCGCCAGGCCCACCAGGGCCCCCCGGGCCUCCAGGCUCCAUCAGCAGCUCCGGCCUAGAGAUUCAGCAGUACGUCUCUGACUACAUGCAGAGUGACAGUAUCAGGUCUUAUCUAUCUGGAGUUCAGGGUCCCCCAGGCCCACCUGGUCCCCCUGGGCCUGUCACCACCAUCACGGGUGAGACUUUCAACUACUCAGAGCUGGCCAGCCUCGUCGUGAGCUACUUACAGACUUCGGGGUACAGCAUCAGCACGUCCUCCACCUCCAUUUCUUCUGAAGACAUCCUGGCUGUGCUCCAGCGGGAUGACGUGCGUCAGUAUCUCCGGCAGUACCUGAUGGGCCCUCGGGGUCCCCCAGGGCCACCAGGAGCCAGUGGAGGUUGGUCCCUCCAGUCUUUGGACUACGCAGAGCUGAGCAGCCGCAUCCUCAGCUACAUGUCCAGCUCUGGAGUCCGCAUUGGGCUUCCUGGCCCCCCAGGGCCCCCAGGCUUGCCGGGACCAUCCUAUGAGGAGCUCCUCUCCUUGCUCCAAGGGUCUGAAUUCAGAGGCAUUGUUGGGCCCCCAGGUCCCCCUGGGCCACCAGGGCUCCCAGGCAGCGCGUGGUCCAGCAUCAGCAUGGAGGAUCUCUCGUCCUACCUGCAGACUGCUGGCUUGUCAUCCAUCCCAGGCCCUCCUGGUCCCCCUGGCCCCCCAGGCCCUCGAGGGCCCCCGGGUGUCUCAGGAGCUCUGGCGACAUACGCAGCUGAAAACAGCGACAACUUCCGGAGUGAGCUGAUCAGCUACCUCACAAGUCCUGACGUGCGCAGCUUCAUCGUCGGCCCACCAGGUCCUCCCGGGCCCCAGGGUCCCCCUGGGGACAGCCGCCUGGUGUCCACGGACAGCUCCUACAGCCGGGGCGGCAGCUCCUCUUCUCUCAGUCGGGCCUCUUCCUACAGCUCCUCCACGGGCGAAGGGGGAGCCUUUGGCCUGGACACGGGCCUGGGCCGAGGCUACGGGGCAGCGGCAGAAGGCGGCAUGUACGGCGGUGACGGUGGAUUCGGGGCCAGCUUUGCUGGAGGUCCGGAUUACAACGAGCUGGCCGUUCGGGUGUCUGAGAGCUUGCAGCGUCAGGGCCUGCUCCAAGGGAUGGCCUACACUGUGCAGGGCCCACCAGGCCAGCCUGGGCCCCAGGGGCCCCCUGGCAUCAGCAAGGUCUUCUCUGCCUACAGCAACGUGACCGAGGACCUCAUGGACUUUUUCAGAACUUAUGGAGCCAUCCCAGGACCCCCUGGGCAGAAGGGAGAGAUGGGCAUCCCUGGACCCAAAGGUGAGAGGGGCCCUGCUGGGCCACCAGGUCAGCCUGGGCCACCCAGCCCUCGAGGACACAAGGGAGAAAAAGGAGACAAAGGUGACCAAGUCUAUGCUGGCCGGAGAAGGAGAAGCAUCGCCGUCAAGCCAUGAGCGACCCUUGUCGAAACAGCCACCUGGACCAGUUCUUGCAGUGGCUUAUGGCGCUUAUGUCAAGACCUCUCCAGAGGGUAAAAGCUGGAAUCUCACUGUCCUACUGAGGCAGCACAGCAAAUAGUCAACUAGAACCCUUAUCUUAGUCUGGAGCAAAAUAUAUGUACGUAGAAUUCAGUCCAAGGUACACAGUCUGAAACAGCUUCACAGGGUAGACUCAACAGUGGCCGCAUGCAGUGUGGUAGGAUGAAGCUGGCCUCCCUGCUGUCCAGGCCUGAGCUCCUCGGCUUCUUUACCACUGAGUUCAAGCCCCAGCCUAGGAAAGUCAGGUACAUAAAAGUUGUUUCAGGAGCCCUUGAGCUUCACCUUAAAAAUGAGCCCAGAAAAUGGAAGAUGGGAUGGGGGUGCCUUCCUGGGAGCCACUCGAUGGGACUGUUCUGGUCAACGCUGCAAGGCUGUGCCCUCAGCUCCUUUCUCCCCUCUUCACUCUGCAUUCUCUAGUCAUAGAAAAAAACUCUCGCAACUGAAAAAAUUAAGAAAUCCGCUUCCCCUGAAGGUGGUGACAGGGUUUCUACUAGUUAUUUCUCACUAUGUAUCACAUUCCCACUUAGGAAGUUUGUUUGAUUGCAGCUAUGAUCUGUCUCCAUAGGUCCACGCUAGAGUUGAUAGUAUGUUACACUGAACUAGGUUGCAGCCGAUAGGAAGAGAAAGGCAGGGGGCAAGGAGGAAAGAAGGGGAGGGGAAGGAGAGCAGACUGCCUGACACCGGAAGCCGGCACCCCUGCUCUGCACUUAGGAAACGCAUGGGGGACUGGGUGCAGUUGGUUUUAUUGCACUUUUCAAUGUCUACAAACAUUCAUGUGGUCUAUUAGAUGAGUCAUUUCAAUUGCAAAAUUUCCAA